AGUUGGGGGAGCAUGUCACCGUAUAGCCGUAGAGAGGAUACUAUGAGGGGACGCGCCGUAUAGCGGAGCCCGGAGAGGAGGGGAUGUUAUCCAGGAAGAAGACCAAGAAAGAAGUUUCCAAACCCUCCGAGGUGCAGGGCAAGUAUGUGAAGAAGGAGACCUCGCCGCUGCUGCGGAAUUUGAUGCCCUCCUUCAUCCGCCAUGGUCCAACCAUCCCACGCCGAACUGACAUCUGCUCUGCAGAUCCCGCCCCCUCACAGUACCCCACUGCAGGGGAUGGGGGGGUCUCGAGGAAUCAAAGUUUUUUACGGACUCCGGUUCAAAGAACCCCCCAGGAGGUCAUGCGCAGGGAGAGUAACAGGAUGUCCGCCCCUUCCUACCUAGUGCGGGGGCUGGGCGACGUUCCCCGGGAGUAUGGCUCCUCCUCUCAGUCGUUUUUAACAGAAGCCAAUUCGGUUAUGGAGAACGGAGACGCGAACGGCAGGUAUUUCUGCGCGGACCACCAUUACGAUGGUCAAAGGAGAACGCAACAUGAAGACUUCAGAUAUUAUGAACACGGCAAUGAUCACAUACAGAGAAUGAUACACGGACCAGGCAGACAUCCCGCAGGCAUCGGAAGGGUUGCGGCCACUUCUUUAGGAAACCUGACCAAUCACAGUUCAGAAGAUAUGCCUCUACCUGGUGGCUGGUCCGUGGACUGGACAAUAAGAGGGCGGAAGUAUUACAUCGACCACAACACAAACACUACCCAUUGGAGCCAUCCCCUGGAGAGGGAGGGGCUGCCCCCUGGCUGGGAACGCGUAGAGUCGGCGGAGUUUGGCGUUUACUACGUGGAUCAUAUUAAUAAGAGAGCCCAGUACAAGCACCCGUGUGCUCCUAGUGUUCCUCGCUAUGACCAGCCCCCUCCCCUCCCUCCUCCAGUCACUUAUCAGCCUCGACAAGUGGAGAGAAGCCAGCCACUCCUCGUGCCUGCCAAUCCAUACCAUACAGCUGAGAUCCCAGACUGGCUCCAAGUGUACGCCAGGGCGCCCGUCAAAUAUGACCACAUCUUGAAGUGGGAACUCUUCCAGCUGGCAGAUCUGGACACAUAUCAGGGUAUGCUCAAGCUGCUUUUUAUGAAGGAACUGGAAAGGAUAGUUAAACUGUAUGAAGCCUAUAGACAGGCGCUGAUCACCGAGGUGGAGACACGGAAACAGAGACAGCAGUGGUACGCUCAACACAACAAGAACUUCUGACUGCCCCCCCUUUCCUCUCUCUCCUCCUGAGGACUGGAAAGUCACCUCUCUUUGUCACAGAGGGGGGCUGUUGUGCCUUAAUGGCCCAUUCCACUAUCAACUGUGCUUCUAAACACUACAUAAAGGGAAUGUCGCAGUUAGGACUAGACACCAGAGGCGGCCCGCGUGUCAGUCCAGUGCUGCUGGAUG